AAACCCGCCGCUCAAACCGCCGUCAAACCGACCGCGAAUAAACCGGCGCUAACCAAAGCCGGCAGUAAAACGUCGCUGCUAACUCCCGCCCAGAAAUCGCUGUCUACUUCGAAAACUAAUCUAGAAAUUAAACCGGGGGUUGACAGUGGUUUGAAAAAACCCGAACAACGCUCGUCGUCUAGUCUGAACUCGCUUACUUCUAAGGGCGACGCCAGUAAACUGUCUGCCGGCAAACUGAACAAAUCAACACCCAGUCUGGGCGGCAGUGGUGACCAAAAGGUUACUAGUAGUUCGGCGGCAGUAGUCGACAAAUCCAAGAUGGAGUCGUCGAAAACGAAAGCCGGACAGAAAAAAGCUCCAACUGUCAACACCAAGGUGAAAUCUGUGGACGGUAAACCGACUGCUACCUCAGAAGUGAACAUUACGUCUACGGUGAGCGACGAGGAGCUGGGUGCGGUAACAACCGAAUCUAGUUGUCCGAUUGAAUCGGCGUCCAGCAACGAGUCGUUUGAGGUGAUCAGCAUAUCAGACAUCAAAUCGGAGAGGACGUCUUCUCCGGAGCUGUUGGAGUUGGAGGAGGAUGGAGCAGAGAAGAAGAAGAAUGAUGUGAAGAAGGAGGAGGUAGAAGGAAAGAAGGAUGAUGAUAAGAAAGAUGGAAGUGUCGUGGUGAAGGUGGAAGUGGAAGAGAAGAAGAAGAAGGGAGAGGUGAGUGUGAAGAAGGAGGAAAGUGUGGCGAUAAAGAAAGAGACUGACUCGAAAAAAGAUGCAAAAGAUAAAGAAGUUGAAUCAAAAUCUGGUAAAACACCACAAACCCCUGCAAAAAAUGUAGAAGUUGACGCUAAAACUACAGGUAAAGACAAAAAAGUUGAGCCACAAAGUGAUAAAACUCCUGCUAAAGGCAAAGAAGAUGACGUGAAAAGUGGUAAAAGCGUUGGCUUGAACAGUGAUGAUACCGCUAAAAACCUGGUGGACAAAAGUGGCAUGGAGAAUGGUGAUCAAAAGCAGGCAAAGGCGAGUAAAGAAGAUGUCGCUAAGAAAGUGGGGGAAGAGAAAAAGGACAAAGAUAACACUAAGAAGAGUGUGAUGGAUGAGAAGAAAAGUAAUGAACCUGUCGGGAAAGAGUCUGAUGUUUCGAAGAAACAUGCUAAAGAUAGUAGUGAUGAAAAACUUGCCAAGUUGGCCAAGAAAAAGUCAGACAUUGUCGAAGGAAAUGACAAGAAGUCUGACUGUAAAGUUGAUAACAAAGCCAAAAUUGAUUCGAAACUUGUUGGCAGUGAGGAAACGAUGAAGCAAUCGUUGCUUGAUUCCAGCAAAGUAGCAGCUGACAAAGAUGCUUCUAAUAAACAAACAACUAGUGAUCUUGUGAAAGCUGGAGAUGAUACAAAGUCACAAGAAAAGGAUUCCAAGGAUAAUAGUGCCAAGGUGCAUCAAAAAGAUUCCAAGGCACAGAAAAAUGAUUUGAAGGAUGGUGUUUCCAAGGCAAAAGGAGAUGAUGGAGGUAAUAAGGUGCAGCAGAAGGAUUCUAAGGUUAGUGGGACGAAGGUAGAAGUGAAGGAUUCUAAACUAGAUGAAAAGGAUUCCAAAGAUGGCAAUUCAAAGGCGCAGGAAGAGAAUUCCAAGGAUAGUGGUGCCAAGUCAUCACAAAAGGAGUCUUCCAAGGAUAGUAGUGCUAAGGCACAACAGAAGGAUUCUAAGGAUAGUGAGACCAAGGUACCACAAAAGGAUUCUAAGAACAGUGGUACUAAAGUUGCACAAGAAAAAGGUUCUAAGGAUAGUGUAGGUAAGGUACCACAAAAGGAUUCUAAGGACAGUGUUGCACAAGAAAAGGGUUCUAAGGAUAUUGUUGCUAAGGAUCCUGAGGAGAAUGGUACUAAGGUUGGACAAGAAGAGGCUUCCAAGGAAAGUGUUGCUAAGGUAUCACAAAAGGAUCCUAAGGACAAUGGUACUAAGGUGGCACAAGAAAAGGGUUCUAAGGAAAGUGUUGCCAAGGUACCACAAGAGGAUUCUAAGGACAGUGGUACUAAAGUUGCACAAGAAAAAGGUUCUAAGGAUAGUGUAGGUAAGGUACCACAAAAGGAUUCUAAGGACAGUGAUGCACAAGAAAAGGGUUCUAAGGAUAGUGUAGGUAAGGUACCACAAAAGGAUUCUAAGGAUAGUGAUGCACAAGAAAAGGGUUCUAAGGAGAGUGUAGGUAAGGUACCACAAAAGGAUUCUAAGGAUACUGUAGGUAAGGUACCACAAAAGGAUUCUAAGGAUAGUGUAGGUAAGGUACCACAAAAGGAUUCUAAGGAUAGUGUAGGUAAGGUACCACAAAAGGAUUCUAAGGACAGUGAUGCACAAGAAAAGGGUUCUAAGGAUAGUGUAGGUAAUGUAUCACAAAAGGAUUCUAAGGAGAGUGGUACUAAGACAGCUAGUAACGCUAAGGCUGAACAGAAAGAUUCCAAGGAACAUGUAGAGACUGAUGGACGGAAAGUUGGCGAUGAUACAGCUGCACAUGAAUUGUCGGGAGCGUGUCGUAACGUUGUCUGUGGUCCCCAAGGUACUAGUGCCAGCAGCAGCACGCCGACUGCAGAAAAUGUCGGAACGACGUCGGAGCCAGCUCGGACGGAGGUCGAGACAACGCCGGCGAAGAAAAAUUCCAAGAGCGAAAUCAGAUGGGACGUUUGGAGCGACUGGAUCGCCAGCGACGUGAGGUUCCCGCGGCCGUGUCUAGGUCGCAUUCCACACUUUGUCGGCGCCUCGGAGGCGGCUGACAGACUGGCCGAGCUCGACAUCUUCAAGAAUUGCCAACAGCAUUCAGGUCAACCCCGAGAAACCGCAGAGCUUCGUCCGCUAUCACACACUCAAGGCUGGCAAACAACUGCUGGUGCCGAACCCUCAAAGACAACCGGCUUCUGCUGAAGGCGGAAGUGGUGCCUGAAGGAGAAGGGGACGAUGCCAAGGUGGUGGACGACAAGCAGCUGAUGUUCUACGCACGCACAGGGCAUGCGUGAGAUUGGCAACCGGUCGAGCUCAAAGACGACUCCGUCAAGUGGACCUUGUUGUCAUCGGUGCGGUCGCCGUGUCUCGAGAAGGCCAUGUUAUCGGACGAGGCCUGGGACUCUCUGACUUGGAGUAUGCGCUGUUGUUGUCGCAGGGUCUCAUCACAAAGACACGAUUGUUGCAUGUACUGUUCACGACCAACAGGUA